UGGAAUGUGUUGUCAACUUUUAUACAAAUUUUAAUUCUUAAAUUAAUAUUGAAUAACUAAUAGUAAUUUUUGAAAAUAAUAAUAGAUUGAGUGUUCAAUAAUGUGUAUAUAAUAAAAACGUGUGUAUAUAUAUGUGAUUUAGUUAUUUAUUUAUAAUGAGUAAUACAAAUGAAGAUUUAACAACAUAUACGGUUACUAAAUUAAACGAAAAGUACGGAAGGGAUUUUAUCGACCCUAUAAAAUGUAAAAAUAUUUAUGAGGAGUUGGUUAAUAAAAAGGGAAGACUGCAAAGUGAGUUAGAUGUAAAAAAUAAAGAAUAUAUUAUUGGAAAAACACUAGAAGGAACGGGUGAAAUAUUGGAAAAAUGUGAUAAAGCCAUUGAUAAUUCCCAAAAUAUUAUCCAGAGAGUACAUAAGAACCUGGAUGAAAUUGAUGAGAUUCGAAAAGAAACUAAAAAUCAAUUUGAUAAACUAAAUACAUUACAUACAACUCUGCAAUAUUUUAGGGUUAUUCAACAAAUUGAAUCCCUUUGUACUGAGCUUCACAAGGAAGUAACUAAGAAAGAUGAUGAAAAGUGUGCAACUCUAUUUGCUAAUUUGUGUGAAAUUAGUAGAAAUCUGGUAGAUUUACCUGCUGUUCAUUUAAGAAAUUAUUUAAAAGAUACAUUACAUUAUUGGCAUAAAAUAUUAAAAAAUAAGCUUGGCAAAGAUUUUGAUGAAAUAUUGAAACAAAUAAAAUGGCCUUUUGUGAACACCAACUUCAGUCUGGUCGUACCAUUGCCCGUGAACGUACAAAAACUGCAAAUUAUCGCCGAAUAUUUGCUUCAAAUCGAACUGCCAAGCGAAAGUACCGUACCUGUUGUUACGUCCGCACUGUUGUCCGAAUUUCCACCACUUUGUCUGCCCAUUCAGCUUUUGAUAGUACCUCUUAGAAAACGAUUUCUAUAUCACUUCUAUGGGAGUAGACAAACAAAUAGGGCGGACAAACCCGAGUGGUAUUUUACGCAGAUUCUUACUUGGAUCAGAGAUCACAGGGAAUUCGUGGGUACUUGGGUGCAACCUGUAAUAGAUAAACUGGGAUUACAUCAUAUAGACGCCAAGUUGGAACUCACCAGAGGUUUGGUACAAUUAGCUGUAGAAAAAUUGCAUUCUGAUUUACCGCAACUACAGUACGACGAUUUUACGUUUUCGCACACUAUAGAUGAAGCCUUGGGAUUCGAUAAGGAAUUAAGGGAAAUGUAUAACUAUCCACCAAAUCAGCCCUCUGUAAUAUCGGUGCUGACUCAGGCACAUAUAUUUAUCAAGUGGUUGACUAUGGAAAAGAAAUAUGCCAUUGAAAAAAUGGAUGCGAUGCUACUAUCAUCAACUGAAGCAUUCGAACCGUUGACCUCCGAAAUGGAUGAUUUAAAAAUAACCACGUGCGCGGAUGCAUUUAUCACUCUCCAACAAACAAUUACAGAACGUUAUGAAGCUCUACCACAACCUGGUCACAGGUUGCAAUUUUUGGAGUUACAGUUAGAACUAUUCGACGACUUUAGAGUUAGAUUAUUACAGCUUAUCAAUGCGGUGGAAGGCGACAUCAUCGAAUCAAUUUAUCCUAUGAUAGCCAAUACUUUGUAUUACAUAGAAAAUGUUUUAGUUGAUUGGGGGGCCAUGUUACAUUAUUUAAAUCUAUUUUACUAUAAGAGUCAGUUCGAGCAUGCAUCAAAACAAUUAAACGCCACAGUUGUGAACGACUUAGAUGACGAUUUACCAUCUGAUUCAGAUACUGAAACUGUUUUUGCGGAUGUGCUUUCGUUAUACAGACACAUGAGACGCGACUUGCUUUGUACUUUAGCAGAGUCCGUUAUUGCAGAAGUGAAAAGCAGAAGCAAAGGUUACAGAAGAGAAAUUUGGUCGGCUAUUCCGUUGGAAAAAGAAUAUAGAAGUCUAUCGUUAACACCCAGUGCAUGUCCGAUUUUUGAAGUAAUAGCAAAAAGAUUGCACCAGUUACAAAAAAGUCUUGAAGGAAAAUUGUUUGCAGUGGUUUGGAGGAACAUGGCACAACAAAUUGAUACAUUUUUAUUUGAAGACUUGGUGUUGGAUAAUAGAUUUAGUAACGGUGGUGCCUUACAGUUAAAAUUUGACGUGAUGCGUAACUUGCUGCCUUUGUUUGCUCAGUUUAGUGACAAACCUGAAAAUUAUUUUUCUCAGGUAAUCGAGGCAAUUAAUUUAUUGAAUAUAUCAAAGGGUUCUGCACUUUUACUACGAGAAACUCUCCUGGCCUUAGAAGGUGCAACUGGUGUAGAAGACACGAGAGGAAAAGCUUUGAAGGAAGUUGGUGUUACUAGGUUUACACCCAAAAUGUCUGUUAAAAUUCUAAACCAACGAGCCGAUAUUACUAUAAACAGGAUCGACGUUGAUUAAUUGUAUUUGCAUUUAUUGUUGAUUUUAGAUAUAUUUAUUUAAUAUAUUAAUUUAUACAAUUUCAAUAAAUUUUGUAAAUUA